AUGGUGCACCAGAACGAAUGGCUGGGUACCAGCUGGAUCAUGCUCACGGACAUUGUGGGCACGUCAGUGCUCACAUUUGCAGGUGUGGCUCGGCAGCUGGGCUGGGUCCUCACAGUUGGCUUCAUCGUCGGACUGGCACCUGUUGCGAUUUACACAGCCGUCCUGAUGUCAAGGACCUCAGAUUUGCUGGCCAAAGUGCAGCAAGGCUCGCGCCCAUCAUCGAUGGGGGAGGCAGCAAGGAUGACCGGCGGGGACAAAGCAGCCGCCGUCGUGUAUGCCAUGGUUUAUGGCUUUGCUUUCUUGGGUCAAAGCUCUUAUAUACUGGUCUUGGGUCAAUGCCUGCAGGGCAUCCUCUUCGAGUCUCAGCUGUGUUUGCCCCUGGCAACCGCCAUUUCCUGCAUUCUGUGUCUUCCAACAGCCGCGUCUGUCAGACAUUUGGCUGACUCCGUCUUCUUGUGCCUGCUCAACCUUGUAAUUAUUAUGGCAGUCCUUUCCAUUGUCAUGGGAAAGAUGUACCUCGACGGGCGUCCUUCGCAGGUCAGCACCUUCGCAUUUGCCGAAGGUCUCAGCUUCUGGACGGUGUUCGGAGCUGCGUCGAAUGUGGUCUAUUCUUAUACGGGCCAUUGGAUUUACUUCGAGCUCAUGGUAGAAAUGAAAAAGCCAGAGCAGUUUCCGCGCGUGUUCCUGCUCAACGCGCCGCUGCAGGUUUGCCUCUACUUGCUGGUGGCCUGCUGGGGUUACUACUUUGCGGGAGACAAGGCUGAGGGCUACUUCUUGGACAACUUGCCAGAUGGCGAAGCAUAUCGCUGGGCCUCCAUUUUGCUCUUUGCGCAUGUUGCCAUUGCCUUCCUGAUCAAGAAUGUCGUGCUGGCUCGUGCCCUUCACAAGCUCGUCUCCCCCAGGAGGGUGGACGUGGGCUGGUCCGAGCCCGGUGGUGGCCGCGCACAGCUCGAGUUCAUCGGCUGCGCGGUACUUUUGCUAGUUGCCUGCUGGGCCGUGUCCAACUCUAUUCCGUUUUUCUCAGAUCUUCUUGCCCUAAUAGGAAGUUUGCUGAGCGGCCCGAUCUCCUUCCUGUUCCCCAUGGCCUUCCUGGCUGGGGCGGCACAGCUCUCACGCAAGGAGUCCAGAAGGCUCAUCGGAGGCUGGCAUGGCCAAGCCAGGCAUGUGCUCGAGUGA